AUUUGGGGACAGUUCCCGCCAACGGCAUUCGACUCCCCGUUCCCUGUCUCCGCUGGAGGGCCGGGCGCGGGGUCGCCGGAGAUUGCGGGAAUCCAGCCCCCACGCGCUGACCCUUGAUUCUCUUCGCCGGCCGCGCGCCCGCCUCGCCACUGGCCUCGAGAGGCGUGUGUAGACGUGGCUCCUUUCUGCCUCCCCGUUUUGAGGGAGUCGGUCCUCCAGGGAGGCACCGGCCUCCUGGGGGCUUCUCUGUGUGUGGCGGGACUGGGGUCCGCCGGCCAUGGCCUUCACUUUCGCCGCCUUCUGCUACAUGCUGUCUCUGGUGCUGUGCGCCGCACUCAUCUUCUUCGCCAUCUGGCACAUAAUUGCUUUUGACGAGUUAAGGACGGAUUUUAAGAGCCCCAUUGACCAGUGCAACCCUGUUCAUGCGAGGGAACGGCUGAGGAACAUCGAGCGCAUCUGCUUCCUUCUGCGAAAGCUGGUGCUGCCCGAGUACUCCAUCCACAGCCUCUUCUGCGUCAUGUUCCUGUGUGCGCAGGAGUGGCUCACGCUGGGGCUGAACGUCCCUCUACUGUUCUAUCACUUCUGGAGGUAUUUCCACUGCCCGGCGGACAGUUCAGAGCUGGCCUAUGACCCGCCGGUGGUCAUGAAUGCAGACACCUUGAGUUACUGUCAGAAGGAGGCCUGGUGCAAGCUGGCAUUCUACCUCCUGUCCUUCUUCUACUACCUGUACUGCAUGAUCUACACGCUAGUGAGCUCUUAACGCAAAGACCAUGCACGUCGUCAGAGACUGGGAAGGGAGCGGCCUGAGGCCGAGGAGUCCCUUCUGCGGGAGACUGGAGGAGGGGCCGGA